CCAGGCCCGGCAGCGCCGCGGCCGAGGCCGGCAGCGCGGAGCGGUUACGGCCUUCAGUGGCCCCCCGCGGCCUUAGUGCCCGCCAGCCGGACCCCCACCCCCUUCCCCACCUUCGCAGCCGCUCAGCACAGGUUUGUAGAUCUGCACAAGAACCAAGGUCUAGAACCAUGGCGUCCAUCCCAUCGAGCGGCUCGCUCAUGGCCACCCACAACUACCACCGAAGGCGCUUGAGCUCCACGUCCAGCAACAGCUCCUGUGGCAGCUCCGAGUACUCUGGGGAGGUCAUCCCCCACCCCCCGGGUCUGCCCAAAUCCGACCCUGGCCACUGGUGGGCCAGCUUCUUCUUUGGGAAGACAGCCCACCCGGCCAUGACAACGGUGUCGGAGUCCCCGGAGAGCUUGGGCACACUGCGGGUGGCAGCAGGACCGCUGGCAUGUGGCCUGGCGCCAGCCCCCGGAGCAGGACGGAGGCGCCACGCCAGCGAGCCCAGCUCCGGGCCCUCGCCAUGAGCGGGUCUGCGGCUGCUCCCCACGGCGGCGGGCACAGCCCCUUCCCCUCCCCCCACCCCCCUCCUGUAGCUUUAGGCAGGCUGCUCCCAGCAGAGCUGCUGCUUUGUGCUAGAGCAGCAAGCCCCUGAUGAUUCCCACACCAGCCUUUUUACUCUGCUCUUGGGGAAACUCUUUUGGUUCACUUUGUGCUCCUGCAAUGGCAACUAAAUAAACUCGAGCAGCCUUUUCAAA